AGUGGAGACUACAAGAAAACUCUUGUUAAAAUCAUAGACAAAGUUGGUGAAGAAAAGCCUCCAGCUAAAAAGGCUGAGCCUGUCAAAGAAAAACCAAGGUCUCAAAGUCCAGCUAAGGGAGUGCUCAUUAUGGAAAGGUCUAAAGAUACUAAGGCAGUGAACGAGAAAAAGGAAGAAAAGAAAGAAACAAAAAAAGAAGAGAAGAAAGAUGAGCCUCAGACCACAGUCAAAGCUGCAGUUGUGACAGCUAAACCAAAAGAAACUCAAGUCAAAAAUGAGAAAAUACAGCAGAAUGAAGAAAAGAAAGAUGAGAAAAAAGGAAAAGACAAAAAAGAUGAGAAAGAACAAAAGAAGGAAGAGAAAAAAGAAGAAAAGAAAGAUGAUGACAAGAUCAAUGAGAAUGAUGAGGAUGCUGUCAAACUGUACAAAGCCAUGAAAGGAUUGGGAACAAAAGAAGAUGUCAUUAUUGAAGUCAUUGUCAGGAACUCAAACUCUCAGAGACAAACACUCAAGAAG